AUGCCACUUGAGGAAGGAAGCUGGGUGCUGCGCAAUAUGCGGGCCAAAAGGGAAGGCUCUGUACAGGAAGGCAUCCACAAAGUUUCUGCCGGUAAGCACGGCCAGUGGAACAUGCAGCCGCACGGGAUGCGGUGCCUGGAAGGGAGGGGUGUCAGGGAUGGCUUGUUCCGGUGUGUAGGGUUUCGCAGGUGCCCGGAAUCAGCCGUUGCUCGUUUGUUGAAGCUGGCCGUGCUGCCAGAGCGCCGCUUGCGCCCACCUCGUCGAUUGUGGGUCCGCCAUGUUGAAAUCUUCAGAUCCCUGCCGCGAGGGCCGACCGCAAGGUCGACCUGCCUUCUCGUGUUCCCUGCCUGA